AUGAAUAAACUAAUAAUCCGUUCAGUUUCCAGUAAGAAACUUGGGUUAAAUGUUGGUACAACCAUAAUUGGAUCAAGAUUGACUCAUCGUCAAUUCCAUCAUUCAAGAUUCUUAUCAAAUGACAAAAAAAUCGAUCUUAAGAAAGAUGUUAUUCCACCAAAAGAUCUUAAGAUUGAGAUUGUUACUGAAAACCCUGUCAAUCCUGAGGCUAAGAACCCUCCAAUCACUCCAAUUGCUGAUGGGGUUCCACUUGAAUCAGUUCCAGUAGUAGAACCUGUUCCAGUAGUGGAAGAAGUACCAUUAAUUCCAGAACCAGAACCAGAACAACCUAAGAAGAAAUUCUCUUUCACUUGGUUCUUCAUUAAAUAUGGUUUUUAUGCCAGUGUUUUAUAUGGAGGUUUGUUAUAUGCUGCCACCAAGAGUGAAACUGUUUACGAUUUCGUUAUUGACAAACAAUUACCAUUCUACGAAGAGAUCAUUGACUUUAUGGAACAUGGAUCACUCGAGGAUUUAAAUAAGAAAUAUGAAGAAUUAGCUAACAAAGUUAAAGGUGUUAGUUUCAAAUUCCCAUCAAAAGAUGAUAUCAGUGAAAUUACUGAAAAGGGAGAAAAAUUCUUAGAAGAUGCUAAGAAUAAAAUAUCACCAAAGACUACUCAACCACCAAAUGUUAAUGUUGAAAAAUUCGGUAAGAAUGCUACUCCAGCUCAACAAUUACAAAAACCAGUUGAAACUGUUUCAAAACCAGCAGCUCAUUUACCUUUAAUUAAAGUAUCGUCUUCAUCAAUUGAUGAUUCUGUUAAAUCUACUAUCAAUUCAUUCAAUGAUUUAAUUAAAUCCAUUGAUAUUGGAACUCAAGGAUCAUCAUCAAAAGAUGCUUUGAUCAAAGUUAUCAAUGACAAUGUUAGUAAAUUAACUUCAAAGAUUGAAUCCUUGACUAGUAAAUUCGAUGAAUCACUUCAAUUGAAAUUAAAAGAUAGUCAAACCGAUUUAUUAUCAAGUUAUACUAAGAAAGAAUUAGAAUUGACUCAAAACUUAUUAGAUCAAUUCAAUACUGAAAAGACUCAUUUGGAAAAGAAAUUGAAUGCUAGAUUAGAGAAUGAAAUCAAUGCUACUAAAGAAGCUAUCAGUCAAGCAGCUGUUAAUGCAGUUUCAAUAAUGAGAAUUGAACAAACUAAAAAAUUUGAAAAAUUAGUUAAAGAAAGAAUUGAUAAAGAAAGAAAUGGUAGAUUAGCCAACUUAAGUCAAUUAAAUGAUAGAUUAAAAGAGAUUGAAGAAUUUUCAAUCACUUUAGAAAAUCAAUUAAGUUCAAAUCAUAGUAAAACUUUGUUAUCAAAAUCCAUCACUAACUUAAAACAUGUUUUAUUUGCUAAUAGUGAUAGUGCCAUUGAUCCAAAAUUGAUGAAUCAAUAUUUAAUUAAGAUUGAUGAAGUUUCCAAAAUCAUUGAUGAUGAAUUAGUUUCAACAGCUGUUAAAGAUUUGAAACCAUUAUUAACUUCACCAAUAUUGUCAGUUAAACAAUUAUUAAAUGCAUGGGAUCAAUUAACUCCAGAAUUAAGAUCAGCCUCAUUAUUACCACCAAAUGCUGGAUUAUUAGGACAUUUUGCUUCCAUUGUAUUUUCCAAAUUAUUAUUACCAGUUAAAGGUUCCAGACCUGAAGGUAAAGACAUUGAAAGUGUCAUUGGAAGAAUUGAAUCUAAUUUAUCAAGGGGUGAAUUGGAUUUAGCUGUUGAAGAAGCUGCUAAUUUGAAAGGGUGGCCAAGAAAGUUAGCUGAUGAUUGGGUUAAAGAAGGUAGAAAACGUUUGGAAGUUCAAUUUUUAAUUGAUAUCCUUGAAUCUGAAUCAAGAAUCUUGUAG